AUGUCGCCGCUCCCAGAGGAGUUCGAUAUCAUCGUGUGCGGCGGGGGCAGCUGCGGUUGCGUGGUGGCGGGUAGACUGGCCAACCUGGAUCACAACCUCAAGGUGCUGCUCAUUGAGGCUGGCGAGAGCAACCUCAACAACCCGUGGGUGUUCCGCCCGGGCAUCUUCCCGCGGAACAUGAAGCUGGACUCUAAGACGGCCUCCUUCUACGAGUCCUCCCCGUCGGAGCACCUCAAUGGCCGCCGAGCUAUUGUGCCGGCAGCCCAUAUCCUGGGCGGUGGCUCGUCCAUCAACUUCAUGAUGUACACGCGGGCCUCAGCUUCCGAUUAUGACGACUUUCAGGCCAAGGGCUGGACGACCGAGGAGCUGAUCCCACUGAUGAAGAAGCACGAGACGUACCAGCGCGCCUCCCACAACCGGGACACGCACGGUUUCGAGGGCCCCAUCAAGGUCUCGUUCGGAAAUCACGUGUACCCCAUCAAGGAUGACUUUCUCCGUGCUGCCGAGUCCCAGGGCAUCCCGGUCGUCGACGAUCUGCAGGAUCUCAAGACGGGCCACGGCGCUGAGCAGUGGCUGAAGUGGAUCAACCGCGACACUGGCCGGCGAAGUGACAGCGCCCACGCGUACAUCCACUCGACCCGCUCCGUGCAUUCGAAUUUGUAUCUUGCCACCAACACCAAGGUCGACAAGGUCAUCAUCGAGAACGGCAGGGCCGUCGGUGUCCUGACUGUGCCGACCAAGCCAAUGGGCGAAAACCGCGGAUCCCGCAUCUUCAGGGCACGCAAGCAGAUUGUCGUGUCCGGCGGAACCAUGUCCUCGCCCCUCAUUCUUCAGCGCUCGGGCAUCGGUGAUGCCGGCAAGCUCCGCCGUGCUGGAGUCAAGCCCAUCGUCGACCUCCCCGGCGUCGGCCUCAACUUCCAGGACCAUUACCUGACCUUCUCCGUGUACCGCGCCAAGCCCGGCACCGACUCGUUUGACGACUUUGCCCGCGGCGAGCCCGAGGUGCAGAAGCGCGUCUUCGACGAGUGGAACAUCAAGGGUACUGGUCCUCUGGCCACCAACGGCAUUGAGGCGGGCGUCAAGGUCCGUCCGACCGAGAAGGAGCUGCGCGAGUUUGAGUCCUGGCCCACCCCGCACUUCAAGGACGGCUGGAAGUCGUACUUCAAGGAAAAGCCCGACAAGCCCGUAAUGCACUACUCUGUGAUUGCCGGCUGGUUUGGCGACCACAUGCUGAUGCCUCCUGGCAACUUCUUCACCAUGUUUCAUUUCCUCGAGUAUCCCUUCUCGCGCGGCAAAACGCACAUCACGUCGCCGGACCCGUACGCGGUGCCCGACUUUGACGCCGGCUUCAUGAACGACGAGCGCGACAUGGUGCCGAUGGUGUGGGGGUACAUCAAGUCGCGCGAGACGGCGCGGCGCAUGGACGCGUACGCGGGUGAGGUACAAAACAUGCACCCCGUGUACGACUUCGACUCCAAGGCGCGGGCGUACGACCUCGACCUGGCCGACACCAACAAGUACGCGCUGCCGGGCAACAUCACGGCGGGCAUCCAGCACGGCUCGUGGACGGUGCCCGUGCCCGAGCCCGACGAGCGGCCCAACGGCAGCCUCGUCACUAGCAACCAAAAGGCCAAGCGCAAGGAGCUGCAAUACUCCAACAAGGACAUUUCGGCCAUCGAGGACUGGGUCAAGCGCCACGUCGAGACCACCUGGCACUGCCUUGGCACGUGCUCCAUGGCGCCCCGCGAGGGCAACAGCAUCGUCAAGCACGGCGUGCUGGACGAGCGCCUCAACGUGUACGGCGUCGAGGGGCUCAAGGUGGCCGAUCUCAGCAUCUGCCCGGACAACGUCGGCUGCAACACAUACUCGACGGCCCUGCUCAUUGGCGAGAAGGCCGCCGUGCUCGUGGCCGAGGACCUGGGAUACUCGGGUGCCGCGCUCGACAUGAAGGUGCCCGACUACCACGCCCCGGGCGAGAACCGCCUCGCAGGCAGGCUUUGA